AGAAGCCUCUAACCUAUUUGGAUCUGCACCGCCUCUCCUCUCCGCCAGCUUCAUACAUGGAGGCUCUCAAGGUCAAGAUGCCAGACUUGUGCUUGCUCUUGCUCAUGGCACUCCUGUUGCUUCCUGGUAAGCCUUGGUCUGAAGGUAAUACCUGCGCGACGGUCAGCCGGACCUACAUUACUCUCUUAUGUGUGCGUGAUACGUGCGUCAAGCACUGCCACAGCAAGGGCUACACAGGAGGGAAGUGCGUGAUCACCUCCUUGGAACCUCGCAUGUUAGUCUGCUUCUGCAUGAAACCCUGCUGAUGAUGCUUCUGAAGCGGUAAUGUUUUUGUGUGUGUGUUUAAGGAACUAUAUUUGUGAACUUCUAUGUCGUAUUUGCUAUGAUGAGCAGAUCAACACAGAGUUCACCUAAAGCGAUGUAAUAAAGGUAAUAUUGUGAUGGAGUUCUCGGCCCUUUUGGGUUCAUUCUGAUUAGCAGCUACAGAUGCAGAGAUAGAUAUAUAGCUGUGUUUGUGAUGCGAUUAUAUCUUCUGGAGUGUUUGCAUGUGAAUCUAUCUCCAGUGUUUGACAUCGUUAAAUUUAUCCGGAUAAUGUGUUCUAGCACAGUGUUUGACAAAAAGAAGAAAGCAAAACAUUGAAAACAGUUGGUGCUAGCUCUGUCAGCUUCCUCUUUGGCCCCCAGAGAAGCGAGAGAUCUUUCUCACUGAAGAUGGUAUCCACCUCAGACCGAGAGUCUCAAGUCUGUUCCUCUCUGCAUUGCUUUCAUAGUUCUGUAGGCCUUUUUUGGGCCAUAACAACUGCAACGUUUGCCGUGGUAUCAUCAUGAUCUCAAGCAUGCUGCAAAGCCGUGCUGUGGCAUUUUGCAGUGAACGUUCGUUCUAGACAUAACUUCUCUGAUUUGAUUAUAUCCUCUGCAUUGUUUGCAUGUUAAUCCAUGUCUGAUGUCACUUGAACAUUGAAAGAACAAUCUCCAAUGGACAAACAUUGCAGCCUAAACACAUAACUCCCUCCCUCAAAAUAAGAACAUCUAACUAAAUAGUUCUAUUUCAGUACAUUUAUAAUCAUAUUCCAUAAAUAUAUUGUUUCCCCCCUUAAAUUAUUGUCAUUAGCACUUCACCCCUAAUCUUUGUCUGUGGCUUGGAAUAGUAAAUGGAAAAUCAGGAGAAAACGUAUUGAUGACCUGGACAACAGAAUACACAGUAACAACUAAAAACCACAAAUACUAUACAAGCUCUAGCCGCUUUAGAUAAUUAUUAUUUAAUAAUAAACAAACCAAAUGGGUCAACUCUAUCUAGACCAAAAAUUUCAGCAUCUGCCAAUGUACAACACGUAGUUGCAUCAUCCCUAUGUUUGUUUUCAUUCCAUAAAGUCUCAAAAGUGCUUUGAAGGCGCAACACAUCUUUGCAUCAUCCAGAUAGAACUGCAUCUUCUAGACAUACUUUUUCUUUUCUUUUCACAUGGUCUGCGCAUCCACGACUAUAAGAAGAGAAGGCGUAAACACAUUUGGAUCUGCACCGUCUCCUCUCAUCUAGCUUCAUUUCCUCUCUGGGUGCUUAUACCUCGAGACAUGGCGGUCCUCCAGGCCAAGAUGCCAGCCUUGUGCUUGCUCUUGCUCAUGGCACUGCUGUUGUUUCCUGGAUCUGAAGGCAAGACUUGCUCGGAGGUCAGCAGGACCUACACUCCUCUCUUAUGUGGGGAUGACACAUGUGCUACUCACUGCCACAAGGAGGGCUUCCCUGGAUCGAAGUGUGUGAUCACCUCCUUCGACCCUCCCUUUUCAAUCUGCCUCUGCAAGAAACCUUGCUAAUGAUGCUUGUGGAGCAGUAAUAUAUCGUUUGUGUGUUUAAUUUACUAUGUAUGUAGACUUUUAUGUUGUAUUUGCUGUGAUGAGCAGAUCAACAUAGAAUUCACACAAGGCAACAUAACAAAGGUGAAAUUGCGAUA